AUGGCGGACGCCGAUGGACAAGGAAUAUGUUCGUCGGUCCCUCCGUUGCCUCACUCUUCUUCUCGUAACGGCUCCGGUGACGCUUCAGGCCCACGGCUAGUUCGGAUAGUGAAGUCCGAUUCGGGCUAUGGUUUCAAUGUUCGAGGACAAGUCAGUGAAGGAGGGCAGCUGCGGAGCAUUAACGGGGAACUAUACGCUCCAUUGCAGCAUGUUAGUGCUGUGUUACCGGGAGGUGCCGCCGACAGAGCCGGUAUUUCAAAAGGGGACAGGAUUCUUGAGGUUAAUGGAGUGAAUGUAGAGGGAGCGACCCAUAAGCAGGUCGUGGACCUGAUCCGGGCUGGUGAGAGGGAGCUGGUGCUGGCCGUGCUGUCCGUCCCGCCCCAGGAGGCCGACUGCUUGGAUCCCGGAGAUGACGGUUCAGCCCAGUCUUGCUAUGACUACUCCGACAAGCAAGCUGUCCCCAUCUCUGUGCCCUGCUACAAACACACUGAGCUCAACCAGGAAAAGUUUGUGGUAUAUAAUGUGUACAUGGCAGGCAGGCAGCUGUGCUCCAAACGUUACCGGGAGUUUGUGAUCCUACACCAAAACCUUAAGCGUGAGUUUGCCAACUUUACGUUUCCCAAGCUGCCUGGAAAAUGGCCUUUUUCUCUGUCAGAGCAGCAGCUGGACGCACGGCGCCGAGGCCUGGAAGAAUACUUAGAAAAAGUGUGCUCUAUACGGGUAAUUGGAGAAAGUGACAUCAUGCAGGAGUUCCUGUCUGAAUCAGAUGAGAACUAUAAUGGCGUGUCAGAUGUGGAGUUGAGAAUAGCCAUGCCCGACAAAACCACCCUCGUUGUCAGAGUUCGCAAAAACUCUACUACAGACCAGGUCUACCAGGCUGUGGUGCUGAAACUAGGGAUGGACAGUGUAACGGCCAGCUACUUUGCUCUGUUUGAGGUCAUCAACCACACCUUCAUACGUAAACUUGCCCCCAACGAGUUUCCCCACAAACUGUAUGUACAGAACUAUACCUCAGCCAUCCCAGGAACCUGCCUCACCCUGCGCAAGUGGCUCUUCACCACAGAAGAAGAGAUUCUGCUCAAUGAUAACCAGCUUGCUGUCAACUACUUCUUCCACCAGGCUGUGGAUGAUGUGAAGAAAGGCUUCAUUAAAGCAGAGCAGAAGUCUUACCAGCUGCAGAAGCUGGCAGAACAGAAGAAGAUGUCCAUGUAUCUGAGUUUGCUGAGGGGAUGCGAGGGCUACAAUGAGAUCAUAUUCCCUCACUGUUCCUGUGACUCCCGACGCAAAGGCCACGUCAUCACAGCCAUCAGCAUUCACCAUUUCAAGCUGCAUGCCUGCACAGAGGAAGGGACACUUGAGAACCAGGUGAUUGCAUUCGACUGGGGGGAGAUGCAGAGGUGGGACACAGAUGAAGAAGGCAUGGCUUUCUUCUUCGAAUAUGCACGGGGAGAGAAGAAACCGCGCUGGGUCAAAAUAUUUACUCCAUACUUUAACUACAUGCAUGAGUGCUUCGAAAGAGUCUUCUGUGAACUAAAGUGGAGGAAGGAGGUAGAAGAGGAGGCUACAGACAAGGACAAUAAGAACUGCAGUAAAGAUGAAUAUUUUCCAGCUCCUGAGGCACAGAAGGGAUGGAGGCACCUAGGAAGGGAGAUUGUUACCUCUUAACUACAGACCGUCUUCAUCGACUCAGCUCCGUUUUGACUCCUAUCUAUAGCCCAACACUCAGCACUAUUCAGCUAUUAAGUACAACCUGAGACGAUACCCCCGAUACAUGCAAAGCAAGUAUCUGCAAAUGAAGAACUCACAUACACAGAAACAUAAAACGCUACAGACACAUGAAUCCAGCACAUCAUAAACGUGCAGUCAGCAGAGUUCUGUCCAAAACACAUGAAGUCAUGGAUUCAUGCUAGCUGCGUUCUUACUGGCAGGGACUUAAAGUGGAAUUUGACGUGCAAAUGAGGAGGUUCUGAUCCACCUCUGAAAUAGUCCUACAUGGGGAAAAAAAAGCUGAAGUGAUAAAGGAAGUCAUUGUGGACUAACAAGGGAAAAUGAAAGUUAUUAACACUGAUCAGCAGUACUGGGUUGACCACAAGAAGACCCAAGCUUCUCAAUUUACAAGUGUUUGUGCAUGUUUACUAUGUGUGCAGGGUAUCCCAGAAGGUGAGGGGCCAACCGGAGUCAGGCCCUCACAAUAUAAGUCACAGCUGAAUCACCUCACAUGCAAAAAUUCUCAUAUGUUUGCCGCUAAAUCUGCAUUUUUAAGAAAACUGUAAAAUUGUGACAUGGCAAAUGACAGAAGGGAGAGAGAGAUAUUUUGGUGGACUGUCAGAGAUCUGGGUUCUCAGAGCAGACAGCUGUGAUGGUUUGACACGUGAGCAGGGACAUGUUGAACUUUAGACUCGUGUUGCACUUUAUCCAACAGUAUUACCAACCUCCAAAUAUGGGAGUUGUCACCUAAGAAGCAGAUCGAAGGCUGAUACUGGAAUAAACCUAGACUUAUUACUUUACAUUCAUUUUUUUUGAUUGAUGGGGUACGGUAUCAUUAUGUACUGCAUCAUCAAAUGGUGUGUGUGGUAUGACUUUAUAGUAUUUUGUGAGCUCUUCAAGCAAAUAAGGCCGUUGUAGAGCAGCAGUGAUGUGGAGCACUGAUCGGUCAAGUGGCAGCGCAGUACCCAGACGAAACAGCAGGGGUCCUUCUCUUCAUACCUGCAUUCUGACUAGCUGCAAUUACUUUGUUUCUGAGAGCCCCCACAUGAUUUAUAAUAGCCCUGCAUUUCCAUGCAGCAAUAUUUAACUCCGUAGCUUGUACUUUGCUGUACUGUUAAACCACUCAUCCACUCGAGAUUCAGGUUAAAUGGGAAGAGGAUUUCUUAGCAAAAAGGGCUGCUUGCACCCUACAAUCAGCAUGGUGUAUAUGAAGACACACAUCACUGAAGGCCUUGUAGUACAUGAUCACACAACUGCAGCAUCAUGUAUUAGACUUGGUGGCCCUAUAAAUAAGCCCGGUUAAUGUUCUACCUUUUAGAAUGUUAUAAUAACAAUGUAUUAAAUUAUAACAGUUAUCUGCUGAUGCAUUUAAACUGACAAAUAAUUGAUGAAUCUUUAAUGAAAUUCAACAACAGCAAUUUGUAAAGCAAUAACAUCAGUUCAUAUGAUCAUGUUAUGAAGCUACUGAAUAUCAUUAAUUGAUCAUAUUCAGUUAUGGCCCAGCCCCUACUCCUGUUUAGCUGGUAAUAAGAGCAUUAACAGUAUUUCCUAUACCUCCAGGUGAAGAGUCAUUGAUUGACAACCAUGACUCUUGUUAAGAGUGCUUGUUAUAAUGAUGGUGCUUUUCUCAAAUGCCAAUCUGGUUGAUGAAUGAGCUUCAACAGACCAUGGUGGGUGUGUAAAGGAGGUUUAAUUGAAUCUGUAAAGGCUCGAAUUGAGAGAUUGAAUGUGCAAUCCUAAAGGCCAAAUGCAUUUUCCAGAAUUGUUGUCUGUUUACUGAACUGUGUGUCACGUAGUCGAUUGAUUGACAUUGCCUGGUCUGCCCACGUGUUUGCUCUGUGGCUCCCAGCUCUCUCACUCUUAACUAAAGAAGUCACUGACAUUAUUUAUUUCAGUAAGAUAAAAUGUUAAAUUCAUAAACUCAUUAGGUUUUUCACCAUAGCUUUAGGCUAAGCAUGGAGAAUGGAGGUUGACAACCUGCAGGGUCUUUUGACAUGUUGAAAUGUAAAAUUUAUGACAAUGUUUGGUUAUGUCACUUACUGUAAUAAAUUGUAACAUAUUCUUUUAAAUAAACAAAUUUAUUGA